AUGGCCUCAAGUUCAGGUCCAACCCAUUUACUAUAUGCCUGUAUAGCUCACGGCACCACGAUCCUGAGCGAACAUACUGCUCCAGGUACAAGCAGCACCAACGCCUCCUCAUUAGCCUCCAUCAUCCUUCCCAAAAUCAGUCACACCUCGCCUCAGAAACUCACAUAUACCCACGACAAGCUCUUCGUACAUUACAUCGCAGAUUCGCCUUCUUCCUCUUCUUCUGGCGACGCGGAACUCUCAUCACACGCCGCUUUGACCUACCUUGUGAUCGCGCCCAGCGAACUCGGCAGGCGCAUUCCGUUUGCCUUCCUCCUUGACUUGAAGAAGAAAUUUCUCGCUGCGCAUCCUCCUUCAAGCACGAACUACGGCAGUCUUCCGGCUUACGGCACAGCUGCUUUCAACAGCACUCUUAAAUCACUCAUUUCAACCUAUAACGUUGCACCACCACAAGACUCUCUAUCUGCAGCGCGCAAGGAGAUUGACAAUGUGCGCGAUAUUAUGACAGAGAAUAUUGAACGAGUGCUUGAACGUGGAGAGAGGAUUGAUCUUCUGGUAGAUAAGACGGAUCGUUUAGGAGGAAGUGCGAGAGACUUCAGGGUCAGGUCAAGAGGUCUGAGAAGGCAGAUGUGGUGGAAGAACGUACGACUGAUGGCGUUAUUGACGGUUGUCAUUGUGUUCUUGAUAUACUUGUUCGUUGGGUUUGGAUGUGGUCUGCCCAGUUUUCAGAAGUGCAGAGGGAAAUAA